AUGUGUUUCGCUGCAGCUGGACCAGUGACAGACAGCACUUUCAAAGAUCUGGUACUGUCGAGCACGGUUCCGGUGCUGGUGGACUUUUGGGCACCGUGGUGCGGUCCAUGCCGCAUGAUCGCUCCCCUUAUCGAUGAAAUCGCAGUGGAGUAUGGAGACAAGGUCAAAGCUUUCAAGCUGAACACGGACGAGAGCCCAGGAGUGGCAACAGAGUACGGCAUCCGCAGCAUCCCCACAGUCAUGAUCUUCAAGAACGGCGAGAAGAUGGACACAGUCAUCGGCGCUGUCCCAAAGACAACCCUUGUUCAGACGUUGGAAAAGUAUCUUGAUUAG